UUAGUUCCAAACAGUGUGCAAUAUUUACUUACUUUUUGGUCAAAAAUGCUUUCGUCAACUGGAAGUUCGCGCCCGGGUUCUAUAACAAAACUCGAGUUGAUCGCGUCUAGGUUAACGCAUGCUUUUGUCUCGUCAAAAAUUGAAUCAGUAGAAACAACCAUAGAGAGUGCUAUAGACGAUCCUUUGGAAAAUGAAGACGCACUUAUUAAUGAUCUUGAAAUGUUUGCAAAUAUUGCACGAUGUAAAUAUGAUGAGGCUAAUAUAGCAAUCGUCAAUUCAUUUAAUCCUAUAGCGCAACAAUUUCAAGUGUUGUUGCAACAGGCAAAUACUGGUGUUGUCCAUGACUAUUUGACAAUUUUAGAUGCUAUUGAAACAAAGUUUGCUUGGUUAGUGUACAUGAUUGGAGGUCUUAUCGGGGGAAGACAGACUUAUGUUAGUACGGAAGAUCAAGAUUUGAUUGAUGGAGAAUUGACAUGUAAAGUUGUGAACCUUUUAACUGCAAUCAAGUCGUGGAAUGGCCCGCGCGGCAACGAUACUGGAUAUGAAAAAUUAGAAUUAGCUUUUAUAUAUUUCUUCCAACAGUUUCGGAAAAGCUAUAUUGGCGAAAGUGCUCAGAAAAUAUCCAAAGUAUACAGUAAAUUAUCCGAUCAACUUGGAAUUAAUGAUCAGACAAUGAUAAUUGGUUUUAACAUUUUCUAUUCAUUGUAUAGAGGAUCAAACCUUAGUAUGUGGGCUCAUUGUUCAAAGAUAAUUCAACGUACCGUGGCUCUCUUCAAUGAUUUGGCUGGAGGAUAUAGCUCUGUCAGAUUACUCCGCAAUAUUCCAACUACACAAUUCAUUAUUCGAAAACAUACAGUGAAGGAUUUUCCAUUUCUUGACUCUCCGAAUAACCUAAGGACACGUGUAGCAUAUUACUCGGCGCUUUCAAGAAUUUUAUUUGCUGAUGAUAAUGUUGAGCGAGAUUUUGAGGAAUUUGUCAGACCUUGGGACCUCACAAUGGCUCAGCUCGGCGCUUUAAAUUCUUUUCAGGCUUUUAGACAACCGGCUGUUGAA